AUGUCGUUUUUAUUUGCAAAGGGCAAGGUCAAAACUCCGCAAGAGCUAGUGGCGGCGCUCUAUGAGUGGACGACCAGCAUUGAUGAUUUGGCUCAGGCCGAACGCAAACCAACCGAGGAAAUAGCCGAGCUUUUGCAGCAGGCAAAGCGUAUAGCCCACGGAGAACUCAAUGGGGAGGCCGAUCCGGAUCUUAUGGCUGCGCUCGCGAAGGAAAUGUACGCCAAUGACCUGAUUAUCCACCUGAUCCACAUUCUUGACCGACUCGACUUUGAAGCUCGCAGAGACGUUGCGUCCCUCUUCUCUUUCCUCCUCCGCCGUACCCCGACAGUGGAAUAUUUAUUGAGCCGACCCCAGGUGUUUGAUGCUCUGAUCGAGAGCGCCGGCAGCCCUGAAGUCUAUCGCAAUGUCGGCAGUAUGCUCCGCGACUGUGCCAAGCAUCCGGAACUCACCCGUAAUAUAAUGGCCAAACCGAGCUUCUGGUACUUUUUUGACUAUUGCCGAGACUUACCGUUCGAGGUCGGGUCUGAUUGUUUCACCACUCUUGCUGAGUUCCUCCGGUGCAGCCCUGAGCUUUCUGCCGAGUUUCUGGCUGUCAACGGCAAAGAAUUCAGCCAUAACAUGAAUACACUUAUGCUUUCAGACAACUAUGUUACCAAGCGACAAGCCCUCAAACUCAUGGGCCAGCUUAUUCGCGAAAGAGCAAACCAGCCCUUCAUGGUUCAAUAUAUCGAGGACCUCUCAAAUUUGAAGCUCGUGAUGCGGCUUUUGCGUGAUAGAUCAAAAAAUAUUCAUAUGGAGACGUUCCAGCUUUUCAAAGUAUUCGUCGCCAACCCGCGAAAACCCGCGGUAAUCUUCGAUGUUCUGGCCAAAAACAAACAGCGACUCCUCGAGGUUUUGAGCAACCUUGGUGCUGAUCGUAAAGACGACAAACAAUUCAAUGACGAGCGGCUGUUUGUUAUGCGUAGAAUCAAAUCGCUCCCCGAUGUGGAUAACUCCAAACCACCAGCGAGCAAAUGGUCGGCACAACCCUCACCUGAAAGCUCACCUCCCAGGUCGCCUGCCCGAUCACGCUCUCCUGAAUAUAUGCCACCAUCUGGACCUCCGUCCCCGUCUCGAGCUCAGAUUCCCGCCGCUAUGCAGCUGGGGCAUGCCGCGCCAGUACUCAACAGCCAGCUUCCUCAGCUAGGCCCUCCAGAGCAUCGUGUUUAA